GGCGCCCCGCCCCCUUCCAGUAGAGACCGCGCGCCGGGGCCGUGCCGCACUCGGGGUCCCCGCGCCACCGCUCGCUCACCUGCGCCGCCGCCCCCUCCCGUACCCGAGCGCCACCAUGCACUCGCUCUUCAGGAAGAGAAACAAAGGCAAAUACAGCCCCUCGGUGCAGACCCGGAGCAUCUCCAACAAGGAGCUCUCAGAGCUGAUUGAGCAGCUGCAGAAGAAUGCCGACCAGGUGGAGAAGAACAUCGUGGACACUGAGGCCAAGAUGCAGAGCGACCUGGUCCAGCUGCAGGAGGGUCGGCAGCCUGAGCACCGGGACAUGGCACUGCAGAAGGUGUCAGACUCAGAGAAGCUGCUGUACGUGCUGGAGGCAGAUGCAGCCAUUGCCAAGCACAUGAAGCACCCCCAGGGGGACAUGAUCGCUGAAGACAUCCGUCAGCUGAAGGAGCGUGUCACCAACCUACGUGGGAAACACAAGCAGAUCUACAACCUGGCAGUGAAGGAAGUGGACCCACAGGUCAACUGGGAGGUGCUGGUAGAGGAGAAGCUGGACAAGCUGAGCAGUCAGAGCUUUGGGACGGAGCUGCCGCUGGUGGACCACCAAGUGGAGCAGCACAACAUCUUCCACAAUGAGGUCAAGGCUAUUGGGCCCCACCUGGCCAAGGAUGGGGAUAAGGAGCAGAACAGCGAACUCCAGGCCAAGUAUCAGAAACUGCUGGCGGCAUCACAGGCGCGGCAGCAGCAUCUGAGCUCGCUGCAGGACUACAUGCAGCGCUGCACCAACGAGCUAUACUGGCUGGACCAGCAGGCCAGGGGCCGCAUGCAGUAUGACUGGAGUGACCACAACCUCGACUACCCCAGCCGCCGGCGCCAGUAUGAGAAUUUCAUCAACCGGAACCUGGAAUCCAAAGAGGAGAGGAUCAACAAGCUGCACAGUGAGGGCGACCAGCUGCUGGCAGCGGAGCACCCGGGGCGGAACUCCAUUGAGGCACACAUGGAGGCCGUGCACGCAGACUGGAAGGAGUACCUGAACCUGCUCAUCUGCGAGGAGAGCCACCUGAAGUACAUGGAGGACUACCACCAGUUCCACAGAGACAUGAAGGAUGCACAGGAGCUGCUGCGCAAGGUGGACUUGGAUCUGGACCAGAAAUAUAGCCCCGACUUCAAGGACCGGUAUCAGAUUGAGCUGCUGCUGCGGGAGCUAGACGACCAGGAGAAGGCUCUGGACAAGUAUGAGGAUGUGGUGCGGGCACUACAGAAGCGAGCGCAGCAGGUGGUGCCCCUCAAGUACCGCCGGGAGACUCCACUCAAGCCCAUCCCUGUGGAGGCACUCUGUGACUUUGAGAGUGACCAGGGCCUGAUCUUAAGGGGCUACAGCUACACUCUGCAGAAGAACAACGGGGACAGCUGGGAGCUCACGGACAGCGCUGGUAACAAGUUGACUGCCCCUGCUGUGUGCUUCAUGAUCCCACCUACUGACCCAGAGGCCCUGGCUUUGGCUGACAGCCUGGGCAGCCAGUUCCGGAGCGUGCGGCAGAAGGCAGCAGGAAGCAAGUGCACACUGCAGCAGCGGCACAAGGUGCUGAAGGCAGAGAACCCCGGAGAUGCCUCUGACCUGCAGGGGCGGCAGCUGCUGGCUGGCUUGGACAAGGUUGCCAGGGACCUGGACCGGCAGGAGAAGGCCAUCACAGGGAUCCUACGGCCACCACUGGAGCAGGGCCGGGCUGUGCAGGACAGUGCUGAGCGGGCCAAGGACCUCAAGAACAUUACCAAUGCACUGCUGCGGAUCGAGCCGGAGAAGACUCGGAACACAGCCGAGUGUGAAGCCUUCAUCCAGGCCCUCCCAGGCAGUGGCACUGUGCCCCUACUGCGGACACGGGUGGAGGACACCAACCGGAAAUAUGAGCGCCUGGUGCAACUGCUGGACUCAGCCCAGGAGAAGGUCGCUGUGGCCAACCGCCUGGAGAAGAGCCUACAGCAGGCCUGGGCGCUGCUGGCUACACACGAGAACCAGCUGAGCCAGGCCGACACGGUGCCUGAGAGUAGCCGCACCCUGGACAGCAAGAGGCAGGAGCUGGUGGCCAUGGCCUCUGAGUUGCAGGCCCAGAAGUCCCUCCUGGGAGAGGUGGAGCAGAACCUGCAGGCGACCAAGCAGUGCUCGAGUGCGCUGGCCAGCCGCUUCCAGGAACACUGCCCAGACCUGGAGCGCCAGGAGGCUGAGGUGCACAAGCUGGGCCAGCGCUUUGACAACCUGUGCCAGCAAGUCCAGCGCAGGGCACAGAACCUGCAGAGUGCCGGGGCUGCCUACGCUGACUACCGCAGCAGCUGUGACCACAUGUUUCAGUUCUUGUCGAGCAUACCCAGUUAUGAACCCCAGGAGACAGACAGCCUCAACCAGGUGGAGACCAAGCUGAGGAAUCAAAAGAACCUGCUAGAUGAGAUAGCGAGCAGAGAACAGGAAGUACAGAAGGUCUGCACCAGUUCCCAAAAGUACCAGCAAGCUGUGAAGGACUAUGAGUUAGAAGCAGAGAAAUUAAGGACUCUUCUUGACUUGGAGAAUGGAAGGAACAGCCACAUGAACAAAAGAGCCAGACUCCAGUCUCCAGCUGCCAAAGUGAAGGAAGAGGAAGCAGCUCUUGCUGCCAAGUUCACAGAAGUUAAUGCCAUCAAUAGACAGAGGCUGCAGAAUCUGGAGUUUGCUCUGACUCUCCUUAGACAGCAGCUGGAAGCAGAAGUGGCCCGUGAGACUCUGCAAGGGAGCAAGCUAGGCCAUGGAGUAGAGGCAGCAUGGAAGAUCAGGAAGGAGCUAGCAGAGGAGACAGAGCGGAGGCAGCAGCUGGAGAACGAGGUCAGGAGUGCCCAGGAGGAAAUCCAGACCCUGCGCAAUCAGAGGCCUCAGGAAUCAGUGGUGAGGAAGGAGGUGGUGAAGAAGAUGCCGGACCCUGCACUGGAGGAGAGCUUCCAACAGCUGCAGCGGACGCUGGCGGAGGAGCAGCAUAAGAACCAGCUGCUGCAGGAGGAGCUAGAGGCACUGCAGGUGCGGCUGCACACCCUGGAGCAGGAGACCAGGGGUGGGGGGCAGGAAUAUGUGGUUAAGGAGGUUCUGCGCAUCGAGCCUGACAGAGCCCAGGCGGAUGAAGUCCAGCAGCUGCGGGAGGAGCUGGAGGCGCUUCGGCGACAGAAGGGUGCCCGGGAGGCAGAGGUGCUCCUUCUGCAGCAGCGUGUGGCCACCCUGGCUGAUGAGAAGAGCCGGGCACAAGAGAAGGUCACUGAGAAGGAGGUGCUGAAGCUGCAGAACGACCCCCAGCUGGAGGCGGAAUACCGACAGCUGCAGGAGGACCGCCAACGGGAGGGCAAGCUGCGGGAGAAGCAGGAGGAGGAGCUCAGCUUCCUCCAGGACAAGCUCAAGAGACUGGAGAAGGAGCGGGCCAUGGCCGAGGGCAAGAUCACUGUCAAGGAGGUGCUCAAGGUGGAGAAGAACGUGGCUGCUGAGAGGGAGGUUAGCAAUCUCAUCUGCCAGUACGAGGAUGAGGCCGCCAAGGCUCGUGCCAACCAGAGGGAGAAGACUGAGCUCCUUCGAAAGAUUUGGGCUUUGGAGGAGGAAAACGCCAAAGUGGUAGUGCAGGAAAAGGUCCGUGAGAUCGUGCGGCCAGACCCUAAAGCAGAAAAUGAAGUGGCCAACCUGCGCCUGGAGCUCGUGGAGCAGGAGCGGAAGUACCGGGGGGCUGAGGAACAGCUCAAGAGCUACCAGAGUGAGCUGGAGGCCCUCAAGAGGCGGGACCCCCAGGUGGAGGUCAAAGAAGUGACCAAGGAAGUCAUUAAGUACAAGACGGACCCUGAGAUGGAAAAAGAGCUACAGCGGCUCAGGGAGGAGAUUGUUGAUAAGACAAGACUGAUUGAAAGGUGUGACUUAGAGAUCUACCAGCUGAAGCACGAAAUCCAGUCCCUGAAAGACAGCAAACCCCAAGUCCAGACCAAAGAGGUAGUUCAGGAGAUCCUCCAGUUCCAGGAGGACCCCCAAACCAAAGAAGAAGUGGUGUCUCUGAGGGCAAAGCUCUCUGAAGAACAGAAGAGGCAAGUGGACCUGGAAAGAGAGAGGGCUUUCCAAGAAGAGAGGCUCAUGCAGAAGGAGGAGGAGCUUGCACAGGUGAAGGAAAGGGUGGUGCAACAGGAGGUGGUCAGGUAUGAGGAGGAGCCAGGCCUGCGGACGGAGGUAGCCUCCUUCGCAGAAAGCAUCGAUGGGGAGCUGCGGCAGAUUGAUAAACUGCGUGCUGAGCUACGGAGGCUGCAACGCCGGCGUGCUGAGCUGGAGCGGCAACUGGAGGAGCUGGAGCGUGAGCGGCAAGGGCGCAGGGAGGCUGAGCGUGAGGUGCAGCAGCUGCGGCAGCGUUUGGCUGUUCUGGAGCAAGAGGAGACUGAAGCACGCGAGAAGGUGACCCACAAGCAGAAAGUGGUCCUGCAACAGGACCCCCAGCAGGCCCGGGAGCACGCCCUGCUCAGACUGCAGCUGGAGGAAGAGCAGCACCGGCGGCAGCUCCUAGAAGGUGAGCUGGAGACCCUGAGACGAAAGCUGGAGGCCCUGGAGAAGGCAGAGGUCAAGGAGAAGGUAGUUUUCUCCGAAACUGUCCAGGUAGAGAAAGGUGACACUGAGCAAGAGAUCCAGAAGCUAAAGAACAGCCUAGAGGAGGAGAGCCGGAGCAAGAGGGAGCUGGAUGCCGAGGUGAACCGACUGGAGACCAAGUUAUCAGAGAUGGAAUUCCAUAACUCCAAGUCAUCCAAGGAACUGGAUUUCCUACGGGAAGAAAACCACAAACUACAGCUGGAGCGGCAAAAUCUGCAGCUUGAGACCCGAAGGCUCCAAUCAGAAAUUGAAAUGGCGGCAACGGAAACACGAGACUUGUGGAACAUGGCCACAGUGGAGUCUGGGACCAAUCUUGACUCCAGACUGUGGUCUCUGGAGAGAGAACUGGAUGACCUCAAGAAGCUCUCCAAAGACAAAGACCUUGAGAUCGAUGAACUACAGAAGCGCCUGGGCUCUGUGGGUGUCAAGAGGGAACAAAGAGAGAACCACCUACGGCGCUCCAUCGUGGUCAUCGACCCCGAUACAGGCCGCGAGCUAUCCCCAGAGGAAGCUCACCGUGCUGGGCUCAUCGACUGGAACAUGUUUGUAAAACUCAGAAGCCAGGAGUGUGACUGGGAGGAGAUAUCAGUGAAGGGUCCCAACGGGGAGUCCUCAGUGAUACAUGACAGGAAGUCUGGCAAGAAGUUCUCCAUCGAAGAGGCCCUGCAGAGCGGCAGGCUGACCCCUGCUCAGUAUGACCGCUAUGUCAACAAAGAUAUGUCCAUUCAGGAGCUGGCAGUCUUGGUGUCUGGGCAAAAGUAGGCACAGCUAUUCCAUCUCUUCUUAGAGGCAGACGCUGGCCCUCCCCACACAGUGACCUCCUGGUGUCUGCUUCUCCCUGGAGCAGGCCUAGCAUUUUAUCCAUGCCCUCGCUGUCAGGCUGCUCAGAAUACAGCCCACAUACAGGAUGGGCACUGGCUGCAGACACAGCUCUCAUCCCAUCCAGCAUUAAACCUGGGCAAGUAACCUGCUUUGUCCUCCAAUGUCUGACAGCCAUGAUGUUUUUUUGUUCUUUUUCCUAUACACUACUGUCAACAAACUUCUUCUGUGAUACCUUGGAAACUAUCCAAAACCUACUAAAACACAAGAUGACCACAGCAGACAAGUCCACAUGACACAGCACAGGCCUAAGCACAUUCUGCCCUAGAAAGGCCUCCCUCCACUGCCUUUCUGUUCACCAAAGAUCAGGCCUAUUGGGGCUGCUGGCCUGCAUAACCCUCCUCUAGGUUUGGCUGAGAACCAACUUUCCAUCAAAGAGGCCUCCUCACUAGUUACCUUGCUCAUGAGACAGAUCUGGGAUCUAUGCCAGAAAGGUGAACAAAAACCAGAAGUGUCUGCCUCUUGGUGCUACAGUGGAGGUUAACUAUUAGCCAGACUGUCCCAGGAACAGGCACCAACAGAGACUGCUUCAUGGUUCUGAUUAAUAGUAGCCUGUGUUGCUGUUAGCCUAAGCUUCAGUGCCUUAUAAGUCUUGCUUAUUAUCACAACGGUAUUUAGCUAUACAAAACAAUUGAUUAUUCACCAAAGGAAUUUCUGGUUCUCUGUAUCUCAUGUAUUAUGUAAGAAAAUGGGAAUAGGGAAUUUUUAUUUACAGUGUGAAAAUAAAACCUGGUGGCUUGAUUCUG